AUGGGGGUUCUAGGGGUCCUGCUAGGGGUGCUGGUUUUCCUAGGGGUUGCUUCAGGGGACUCCCUCACCCUUCACUGGGACAGUACCUUCUGCCACUUGGUCAGGCCCAUCCCUGGUAACCCCCUGGGCUCCCUGAGCUUCUUGGGCAAAGAUGCUCAAGGCCUGGCACUAUUCCAGGCGCUCUGGGAUGGGCACCACAGGCUGCGAGUGUGUAUCAGGCAGGAUGGGCCUGAGCUCAUUACAGCUUUCAGGGCCAUCUGUACUCGCCAGCCCUCGGAGCACUCCUUCAUCCACACCCCUGGACCCGAGCUGCAGAGGGCCCUGGCCACCCUGCAGAGCCAGUGGGAGGCCUGCCAAGGGUCUAAGGAGAGUCCUCCAGGAGCCAGGGAGAAGCGGGCAACAGGGCAGAGUGGAGCACCUGACAGAGAGCACCUUCGGAGGAGAAGAGGCUGGACCAUUCCUGGCACGCUGUGGUGUGGAGUUGGGAACUCUGCUGGGAAUUCCUCAGAACUGGGUAUGUUCCAUGGCCCUGACCUCUGCUGCCGGGAACAUGACCAAUGCCCACACACCAUCUCACCCUUGCAGUAUAACUAUGGCAUCCGAAACUUCCGAUUUCACACCAUCUCUCACUGCGACUGUGAUGCCAGGUUCCAACAAUGCCUAAGGAGCCAGCGUGACUCCAUCUCUGACAUCAUGGGCGUGGCCUUUUUCAACGUGCUGGAGAUCCCCUGCUUUGUGCUGAAGGAGCAGGAGGCCUGUGUGGCAUGGCACUGGUGGGGCGGGUGCAGGGCAUACGGCUCAGUGCCCCUUGCUCACCUUCAGCCUAGGACCUACUAUAAUGCCUCCUGGAAGGCUGUGGCCACCUCAGUUACUCCCAGCCCCCAGAGCCCAAUCCCCAGCAAACACCCCCAGAGGAGAGGCCCACAGCAGACACAACUACCAGCCACUACCCUCCGGACCCCUACCGUCGACUUCAGGCUUGAUAUGAUACCCAGAGCCCAGCCAGGAGCCCUCCAUUCAGGCCUCCAGGAUGGCCCAAAACAUCAAGGUGUCCACCGAGUCUGCCGAAGCCUUCGCCACCUGGACCAGUGUGAACACCAGAUCAAGCCCCAGGAAACCAAGUUCCACCUGCUCAACAGUGCCCAGGCACCCCUUUUCCAUUGCAAUUGCACCCGCCGUCUGGCACGCUUCCUGAGGCGCCACAGCCCACCUGCAGGCACCAACAAGCUUUGGGAGCUCCUGGGUACCACCUGCUUCAAGCUGGCCCCCCAACCUGACUGUGCUGAGGGCAAAGGCUGCUCCGGAGACCACAGGGCCAUCCAGGUGUCUGCUCAGCACUUGCAGAGGCUUCGGCAGAACCAACUUCCUUUCUGGGAUAAAGGCACAGGUGGGGCUCAGGUGUGGCCUUUGGAGCCCCCGGGGACCUCCACAUCCUUCUACAGUCAGUGUCUGCAACUAACCCAGCCCAUUUGGAGACUCAGUGGGCAGAAGAAAUUCCGGAGCUCAUGACCUCAGUUACAGCAGCUUGGGCACCAGCCUGGACCUCCUUCCUGGCAUUGAGGUGUUCUGAGAGACUUGACCUCUUCUUCAACAGACAGCAUGGCUCUCAUGGACAACAGAAGGCCCAGAUGCUGGGCCACAUCUCCUACUGUCCUGGAUGAGCUUGAUCUGGUGACACAACCCUACCGUGCCUGGAGGUGGUAUUCAGGAGGCUAUUCUGAUGUCUUGGGUUUAGACCUUGCUGGGUAGCUUCAUACACAGAUGGAAAUGGGGAGUGACUGAUUUCGGGGGUCCCAGGAGGUACCAGAAACAGGUACCUGACUGUCUCUGUUGCAAAAUUAACAUGCCUCAAGACCUGCCUCCAGGAAUCGAAGUUCUUGGCAGGGAGGCCUAAAGCUGUGAGAAACCAGGGAUACAACAAAAAUGCCCAUAUCCGAAUGCAGGAUGGCCAGUGCAUUCCCAUCUCCUCCAGGAAGACACCCUCCCCCCCCUUUAAAUAGCUUCUGUGCCCUUCCUGGCCUGAACUAAUCUUCCUGCUCUAACUAUAGACUGAAAUCUUUCUAUGCCCUUGAGGAAUUGGGGUGAGGGGCCCCCAUCCUCCACUCUGUGAGCCCUCCUUUCCUCCUCUGGGAAAAGGAGGCUUUUUGUUGUUGCUUGUUUGUCUGAGCCAGGAUUUCACUGUAGCCCAGGCUAGCUUCUGCUAUGUACAGGAGUCUAGCCUUGAACUUCUGAUCCACCUUCUGCUACCUCCAAGUGCUGGGAUUGCAGGCAGAGGUCAUCACACUAAGUUUUAUGCGGCACUACGGAUGGAACCCAGGGCUUCAACCCUUCAGCCUGGGGUUGUGAGGCAAGCUUGCUGCUGUCUAAGUCACACCCCUUCCCAGGCUUGAAAAGGGGAGCUGUAAACAUGAGCAACCUCAGAGGGCUGCUGAGGAGUGAAUUAAUAAACAUACACCCAACCAACGUUCUCGUCCUCUAACACACAGCCAGAGGUGC